GAAUCAUGUUGUGUCUGUGGAACCAAUGGUUUUUGUUACCUUAAGAUAUUAUGCAACAGGAAACUUUCUUCAAACUAUUGGAGACUUUGUUGGCAUUGAUCAAUGGACAGCAAGUCGAAUUGUUUGGAAGUGCCUUACAGAAACGAAGAUAAAUAAGAACAGCCUCCAGAGUGAUGUUUGCGUACUUGUUCUUAGCUUCUACAAUCAUCCUAUUUCUCCCGCCGUGUCCAAUUCUCACAGGAUAAUCCGUCUUUUCAAAAAGGAAAACAUUCCUCAUCACACUUUCCCUUUGCCCACUGAACGCAACAUCCAUGCGGUUAUCAGAGGUAUCCCAGCAUCAACCACCGAACAGGAGGACAAAGGUGAACUAGAACAGCAGGGUUACGCUCCCUUUCACAUCAUUCGCCUAAAGCGCAACGGCGGCGUGCCCAUGCCCUUGGUGGUGGUGAUCCUGCCUAAGACGGAUAAGUCACAGCAAGUGUUCAACGAGCAUGAAUUGCUGGGGCUCUCUAGCAUAGUCGAAGUUCAGAAGAACUCUCGACUCAUUGAGCAGUGUCACCGCUGA